UUGGAGAUAGUGGGAGAGAAAAGGAGCAAAUGUGCGGCGGCGGAUAGGCAGGGAGGACAGCCAGUGCGCAAGCACAUCAGCAGCAGCGGCGGCAGAGCAUCUUCCUGAUCUCCCGUGUCUUCAGCUGCCAAUCGUCUGUGCGUCUCUUAUUAAGAUUUCACUGCCGGCUGAAGUGUCCAGAAGCGUCCUCCAACCAUCACCUACCAACACACACUUUCUCUGGAGCUCGGUUAUUCUUAGCUCAGCUGUGAGAGACAGUCCUUCCGGUCCUUCUCUUAUUUAUCCCAGUUUCUUGAAUAUUUAAUGGAAAAUGGCGAUCUGCGCGCAGUCGUACGGUAUUUUCUGCCUCUUCACAAUCCAAACUGUACUUAUCAUAUGCGUCUCCACGCCGACAGACGGGACUCACCUCUUCCCACAGCAAUACACAAUGAUUCACUGGGCGGGACGCAUCGAGAAGGAGCUGGAGAAGGUUCUGCAGCACGUCACCGGAACUCAGCAGAUGAGAUCGAUUUAUAAUGAGAAGAAGAGCCAGUUUGAAAUCAAGAGAAACAACCCCAAGGACUUGGUGGAGAGAGUGGCACGGGACAUCUCCAAGCUGCUCAACAGUAAGAGGAAAGCCUUAGAGAAACUGGCCAGGGAGGCGGAGCAGCUUCAGAAGGAGCAUGUAUGGCAAGACGGUGUGACGGAGAAUGCCAUUUCAUACUACGAUUCCAAAGCGGACUCAGACUAUACGGAGGAUGGAGAAGAGGAGAACCCGCUGGAGACCUCGACAUCUUUGGAGCUGGAGUUUGUGGAUGAUCCUAAUUUUAAAAACAAGGUUAACUACUCUUCCAGUGCGGUCCAGAUUCCUACAGACAUAUACAAAGGCUCCCCAGUCAUCCUAAACGAGUUAAACUGGACCCAGGCGCUGGAGAGGGUCUUUAUUGAAAACCGUAAGGAGGACAGCUCUCUGCGCUGGCAGGUGUUUGGCAGUGCCACAGGAGUGACUCGAUACUACCCAGCCACUCCAUGGAGGGCACCCAACAAGAUUGACCUGUAUGACGUGCGCAGAAGACCUUGGUAUAUCCAAGGUGCAUCGUCUCCAAAGGACAUGGUCAUCAUUGUGGAUGUGAGUGGAAGUGUCAGCGGACUCACUCUGAAACUGAUGAAAACCUCGGUAGUGGAGAUGCUGGACACUCUAUCAGACGACGACUAUGUGAAUGUGGCCAGGUUCAAUGAGAAAGCCGAUGCCGUUGUUCCGUGCUUCAGGACUUUGGUCCAAGCCAAUGUUCGGAACAAGAAGAUCUUCAAGGAAGCCGUCAUGCAUAUGCAAGCCAAAGGAACCACAGAUUACAAGUCUGGCUUCACAUUUGCCUUCGAACAGCUUCUUAAUGAGAGCAGUGCCCCGAGGGCCAACUGCAAUAAGAUGAUAAUGAUGUUUACAGAUGGCGGGGAGGAUCGUGCACAGGACAUCUUUGAAAAGUACAACUGGCCGAACAAAACAGUCCGUGUGUUCACCUUCUCUGUUGGCCAGCAUAAUUAUGAUGUCACCCCUUUGCAGUGGAUAGCUUGUGCCAAUAAAGGUUACUACUUUGAAAUUCCAUCGAUUGGAGCCAUCAGAAUCAACACCCAGGAGUAUCUGGACGUCCUGGGUCGUCCCAUGGUGCUGGCAGGGAAUAAAGCAAAGCAGGUGCAGUGGACAAACGUCUACCAAGAUGCUCUGGGUUUGGGCCUUGUCAUCACUGGGACGGUGCCGGUCUUUAACUUCACUGUUGAUACCGUAAGCUCUCAGAAUCAACUCAUCCUUGGAGUCAUGGGAGUAGAUAUUGCGAUCAACGAAAUCAAAAGAAAGACUCCUACAUACAGACUUGGAGCCAACGGCUAUACCUACGCCAUUGACCCGAAUGGCUACGUACUGCUGCAUCCCAACCUGCGGCCCAAAAUCAUUAACUUCAGGGAGCCCGUCACUCUGGACUUUCUGGAUGCAGAGCUGGAGGACAGCAACAAAGAAGAGAUCCGUCGACAGAUGAUUGAUGGCAAAUCAGGGCAAAGGAAAAUCAAGACGCUCAUUAAGUCAGUUGAUGAGAGGUACAUCGAUGAGGCCAUGCGGACGUAUACAUGGACGCCGGUGGAUGGUACAGAUUACAGUCUAGGGUUGGUACUGCCCACAUAUAGUGAGAACCACAUCAAGGCCAACCUGAGUGACCAGAUCCUUCAGGUGCAGUUGCCAUACACCAAGGAUUUUGAAUCACUGCUGCCAAACAGUUUUGAGUCUGAAGGACAUGUAUUCAUUGCUCCCAGGGAGUACUGCAAUGAUCUAGAACUGUCCAACAACAACACUGAGUUCCUGCUAAACUUCAUUGCCCUCAUGGAGAAGGUGACACCAGACUCCAAACAAUGUGACAAUUUGCUUCUCCAUAACCUGAUUCUGGACACCGGCAUCAUUAGGCAGCUGGUUGAGAAAGUGUGGAAGAAUAAAGACUUGAAUACAUAUGGCUUUCUGGCCGUGUUUGCUGCAACAGAUGGCGGUGUAACAAGAGUGUUUCCGAACAAAGCUGCAGAAACCUGGGAAGAAGACCCUGAGCCGUUUAAUGCCAGCUAUUACCGCCGCAGUCUGGACAACAAGGGCUACAUCUUCAGAGCACCUUAUCGAACAGCCCGGGAUGAGCUGCUGAACCCAGAUAACGACACCAUAGGGAUCCUGGUCAGCACGGCUGUGGAGAUCACAGUAGGCGGGAAGACCAUCAAACCUGCAGUGGUUGGAGUAAAACUAGAUCUUGAAGCCUGGACGGAUAAGUUCAAGAUUCUUGCCAGCAACCAUACAGACAACCAUCAGGGCUCAAAUACAUGUGGACCAAACAGAGGCUGUGAAAUGGACUGUGAAGCCAACAGUGAGGAUCUCCUGUGUUAUUUAAUAGAUGAUGGUGGAUUCCUAAUCAUGUCUAAUCAGAAGGAUGACUGGAACAAGGUGGGCAUGUUCUUCAGUGACGUUGAUCCCUACUUGAUGUACGCUCUCUACAACAAUUCCUUCUACAACCGCAAGCAGUCAUUUGACUACCAGUCUGUGUGUGAACGAAUGCCAAACAGUGAAGCAGGAGCUGCACCCAGAGGAGUGUUUGUGCCCACAAUUGCCGAUUUUGUAAACGUGGCUUGGUGGACAUCUGCAGCUGCAUGGUCCUUGUUCCAACAGUUUAUGUAUGGACUGGCUUAUCAUAGCUGGUUUGUCACAGAUGAGGUGGAUGCAGAAGGAAUGGACUCCAAAGAGCGAAGUUGUGUAAUGAUCCAGACUCAGUACUACUUAAGUAAUCUCAGCAACUCCUAUUACAUACUGCAAGACUGUGGCAACUGCUCCAGGCUGAUUCAUGCCAAGAAGAUAAACAACACCAACUUGCUGUUUGUGGUGGCAGAGAAGAUGCCAUGCAACACCUGCGAGAUAGAGAAGCUGUCCCAGGAGGAGGAGGAGUUCAAGGAGGAAAAUCCAUGUGAAGAACUGACCGUGGCCCGCUAUCGAAAAGGACCCUCCACCUGCUAUGACAACAACAUCUCUGAGAACACAUCAGACUGUGGACGGGGCCACUCCUUCCGUCCGUCCCUCUACACCUUACUCCUCAUCCAGCUGCUUCUGCUUUAUCCGGCCAUUAGCCCCCACUUUCACUCUCUACUACAUUAAUUACAUUUUCCCUCCACUUGCCCUCCUUUUAGCCCUCCCGACUUUCUUUCCUGACCCAAAUGCCUCCGACCCCACCUCCAUGCCCCUAUGCCCUCCCCCCAAUAUAGUCAUAGGUAAUAAUGGGACUUCCCUUCACGGCAAGUUGGAAGCCCUGAGUGUCGCGCUACCCAGCUCGCUUCAGUUUGUGUCACUUAGCGACAACUGCCGGACAUUUGUGUCCUCAGCCAGUUAGCCUUCAUUUGAAGGAGGAGUGGUGGGGCUGGACCACCUGGAUCAUAAGAGGCAACGUCAGAAAAGAGAAAACAACACACCCCCCCCCCCCCCCCUCCUCCUCCCCAUUGCCCCUCCCCCCCCCCCCCCCACCCACCACCACCACCUCCACCAUCUAGAGAAGGGACGGGAAAGAGGACAGGCCGAUGUCCUUGUUACAGACCUCCCAUAUCUUACAGACUGGAGAGUUGAAGUUGUCUGUCCGCCUUCACCUCUUUCCGUUUGACAGUCGGUGGGACUUCUCCUUCUUCUUCUCUCCUCCAUCUCAGAGUCUCACUGCUCUGUCAUUCGCCUCUUAUAAGAGGCUGUGGGCCAUUCAGCCAGUUAUAGCCACCAUAAAAGAAAACAACAGGAAAAAAAUAUUGUCAAGUAUUCAAAAUGUCAAGUAUAAACCGCUGAAGUAAUGAGUAUUCCAAACAUAACAGCAUAUUUAGGUUGAAUUUAAAAAGGAAGGUGUUAAGUGUUUGUUUAAAAAGACAUUAAUUCAUUUAUGCACUAUACUUGCCAAAAUGAGAUAGACUUUAAUGUGGUCUUAUUUUUUAUAGCCAAAACAGGAGGAGGAAAUGACUUCUGAUUUAGAUGUGGGAUAAACCAUGAGAGGAAGAGGAGACACUCAGAAACUGAAUGCUGAUUCAUUUGUGUAACGCCUAAUUACAGAUUAACGCUUUUAAAAAACGUCCACUGGGGAUUAUUGUAAUUACAUGAUGGUAAUCGCAUUUCUUGAAGUACUUUCCUCACAUUUAGUAUUUAAGGGGAGCGCUAUCUGGCUUACACAAUAGUGACAGCUGUAACAUGUGAAUCAGUGUUCGGUCACUGCAGAUUCAGAGCAUCGUUGAUGUUGUGUGUUAUUCUCCUUUAUGAUCAAUCAACCAUUCCGACCUCUGGUUUUGGACUGAUGUUAGAAAAAAAAAAAAAUCCCUGUGCUCUGAUGCGAAAGCUCACCUCUGCCAAUCCUCAUGAGGCUUCUCCAGUAACCUCUACUAACACUCCUAAUCAUGAUUUGUAUGUGUGCUUUAUUUCUGCUCACACAAAAAAAACACACUGAGAUCUCUGCCUCAUGACCGUCUCAUAGUUCCGGGUGGGUUUUUCUUCUUCUUUUUCUAGGCUUGUAAUACCUUUGACUGAUGCUGUUUAAACUUUAAAACCAUUCGCUGCUGGGGGCUAGGGGCUUAUCAACAUUUCCAACAAAAGUGCAGAAGAGGCAACUAAAUAUGGUGAUCACGUGCAGUAGUAGUCUGGUUGUAAUCCGUAACAGUUCAUCAUUUUGAUCAUUACGAUGUGUGAAAAGUCAUUUAGACUCCCAUGUUUAGGAGCCGCUCUGUUUCAUAGUGCCUUGAUGCACUUUGUUUUGGACCACAUCGGCUGUAAAAGAGUAGAGCUACUGUAUAGUACCUUUAUAAAGCAUCCAUCUUUGAGGCUUUGGAUAACACAGGACCCUGUGAGACUAAGGCUGUCAGCUAUAGAAAUAGCUUCAUACAGAGCCAUUGCUCUGACCGCCUAAGACUUAAUGUAUUUGGCCUCUCGGCUGUGGAUGCUCCAGAGUCACCUGACUGCCAUUAUAUGGAGUUACUAUACUGUUCCUUUACAAAGCCAUGUAUAGAGCUAUGAUACACUAUCAGUAUACAGCGACUUAACUGGCCAUAGAGUGUUUUUAGGGCCACCUGACUGCUAUAGUUCUGCCUGUGUGUGUGUGUGUGUGUGUGUGUGUGUGUGUGUGUGUGUGUUUGCGUGUGCGUGCGUGCGUUUGCGUUAAUAGCACUUAAAGGGAAUGUCUUAAAAAUGAGUUGUGGACUGUUUGAAGAGAUGACAGUUGUGGUAUCAUAGUUGUUUUUUCUUGUUCCUAUGUUGUUACUGACACAAUACAGUGUUGUGGAGGAAAAAAAGGGACUGAAACAAAAAUAAUCCAUCUUUAGCCGUCCGUCUGCCUAAAUGUUAAUCUUAGGGAGCAGAGGCGUCCGAAAGAAUGUGUAGUUCAUCAGUGUUUUCUGCUUCAAAUGAAACAUAGUUAACAAAGCCUCUAUAAAUGCCUUAGUGUUACACAGUAUACAGAGCUCUGAUACCUUUCCUUCCCUCAUGUACACUCAAACAAAAACAAAUAGAUCCUCAAACAAAUAGAUCACUCCCCUGGGUUUUCUUGGUGUUCUCCAGUAAGUAUAGUGAGCUUUUAAUUUUUGCGUCUUUGAAUGGUCUGUUAUUGACCAAUGCCUGUUUUGAUUAAAUGCUCGAAAGCCAAGUGGGAGUUUUUAAAUUUCAAAAAGCCGCCGACCUUUGAUGUCCACAUCCACCCAAACCUCACUGUAUUGCUCAGGUGGGACGACUCACGCAACAAUUGGAACCUUAACUACACACUCUGUACAGUUGUUGGUACUUUUUGAUGUGACAAACAGGCUGGCACAGUAACUGCAGCACGGCUCCGAACAAAUCUGACUCAGAAAAACAAAAGACUGUUAAAAAAAAAUGUAAAAGAAGUACUUCCAAUUCGGAUCCAUUCAGUGUUGAGUACCUACUGGGUCAUCUGAUGCCAGAUGCAGUUUUACUUUUCUGGCACUUGUUUGUCUCUGUUCUGUGCCAUUUAAUUCUGUCUGUAUUUCCCUUUUUCCACUGUCUGUAAAUGAGCGCUACACGUGCCUGUGGAAAUGUACCCCCUGCAACGUCCUCUCUUUUCCUGGCUCUGUACGCUUACAGUCCUCACAACUAAACUAAAUAUGUAGGCCUAUAGUUUUUUGCACCUGCACCAAGACAUUUGGCACAACACACCUAUAAGCAAACAUGUAAUGACACUUAUUCAUGCCCAGCUGGGAGAUGUCAAGCACCAGGCAGAAGUAAGCCAAGGACGUCACUUCCUAGGUGUUUGUUUUGGUGAGCGGGUGGAAUAUCAGAGGCAAAGUCAGGGAGUGGGUCUCCACAGAGCAGCACGGGCUGUCCAACGGAAGGUCACGGAGGAAUCAUGUAGUGACGUCUGUGUGUGCAUCCUGACAAGAGAAAAAAAAAAAAAGUCUUCUGAAGGAAACACACGUCUGAUAUCUGUGGUUUGACAAAUUUACUUUUGCCAA